UUCAUGUUGUAACGAAACCGUUGACUUAGUGGACAAUCCUGUUAGUAACGAAUCAACUCUGCUUGCUACAGAUUUAAAGAAAGAAUGCAUCAAAAGAAUGUGCCUUUAACUGGCAGAUACUGCUAAAUGAAUCGGUGGCACUGUGAACACUAAGGUCUGCGUCCCAAUAUGAAGCACUUAGCUGAAACCACUAUGGUCAGCAAUGAGGACGAGAACCUUUCAGACGUAAGACAGACUGAAACACCUCUGUUUAUGAUUGAAGAUAGCAAGAAAAGAAAGUCAAUAGACACAGCUUCUGCUUUACCAGACUCAGAAAAGCACAAUGGCCACAUUAUCAGGAAUUCAAAAUUUUUCGUCCCUCGAAGCGAUGAACCAGGGCUAAUGACAGAGUAUGGCAUCGUGGACGUAAAAGAAUUACCUAGAAACAACAUUGCCUAUUGUAUCUUGCCUAAUGGCGAAAUAAUUCAACCUAAUGAUUUUGUUUUCAUCUCUCCUUACAUUCUUGGCGAGCCCCUUCAAAUAGCAAGAGUUAUCUCAUUCGAGAAGUCUGAUAUAUUUACUGAAAGCGCAAUAUUCGACAUGGUAAGGCUCAAUUGGUAUUUUCGUCCUCGAGAUAUACAACGGAAUAGUAGCGACAACCGGUUGCUUUUUGCUAGUAUGCACAGCGACCUUUACAAUGUGGCUUACAUCAAAGGGAAGUGCAUCGUAACUCAUCGAAGCUGUAUUGAAAAUUUAGAUGAAUACCGGAAACUGCCGCUACACUUUUAUUACGAACGUUUGUUUGACCAAAACAUCAGUCGAAUAUUUGACCUGGUUCCUACCAGUCAAGCAAAAAACCUUCCUUAUAAUGCGCUCAGUCUUUUCAUGUCAAAAUAUGAUUACCUAGUCUGUGAAUAUGGUAAAUCUCGGUUCUUAUUCCAGGCUCCAACAUACUGUAAAACUUGCGCGCAAUGGUGCGCUCCCGACACUUCUGUAUGCUGUUCCAUUUGUAAGAGUACUUUUCACAUGCACUGUUUAGUGCCUCCAUUAACAAAACAACCGCCUCACGGUUUUGCCUGGGCAUGUGCCGCUUGCUCCUACGGCACUCAACGAAGGACAGCAAAGCCUACGGCCAAAAUUAUUCGAAACAAGAAUGGAAAAAUUACUCUCUCCAUCAAGACAAGCGGAACUGCCUCCCCAUCUCCCACUCCUACUGAUGUGCCAAUGAAGCUAGAGGAGAAAGAAGUGGAUGUUAAACUUACAAUUGGCGAACCAUCAAAAUGGGCUCGAUUACCCUGGAAUAUCCGUUUCGUUAAUAUUAGGAAAGCAUCCUCUGAAUCUCCGUCGGAAGAUCGGUUUCCUGCACUUGCAAAGCCUAAGCUUACGCACAUUCCCGGAACAUCAAUUAAAGCCUUAACUACUACUGACGAGGAAACGUCACAACAGGAACGUUCAAAUAAAAUACAAGAACGCCAUUUUUCUUGGCUUCUUCAACAAUGGCCGAGUUUGGAAAAUGCUGUUUUCAAAGGGUUAAUUCUUCUACUAAACAACGAUUCCUGCCCUGCGUGUAUGGUGUAUUUACCAACUUCUGUUGAUGAGCAGCACUUUGAGGAGUAUCUAGUUGAGGUGUUUGCUACAUUCGAAGAGAAAAAAUUGUACAUUCCUCUUACAUUUACUGUUAAUAUUGCAAUGGAGGCCUUCUUUUGCAGCAAUUUCGAAAAUGAACCAGCGCUGAAAUUAUUAAAGGAUUGGCUUGAAAACGGUAAACCUUCUGACAGCUGCGAUGCCGAGUCGCAGGAGAAAUUGUUCUCUCUAUUCGCAACUACUGGAUUUUCCUUAGCCAAGGCGGCAGAACAGUUAGAAAAACACAUAGGCAUUAAAGAUGUGAUAUUGUGUUUCUUGAAGUGGAAAGCCAGUACCAGUGGCGCUAAUGCUCUUCGAAAAUUACCAUGUGCGGAUCUUCCAGAAGUAAUAGGUUUUUCUGAAGUCGGUGAUCCGGGUCGACUUGAUUGUGCUAAACUUCAGAAAAUAGGAAAGCCAAUUACGUGCCGCUGGUGCGGUACCAAAAGAAGCGAUCAAUGGUUCGUCGAACCGUCUAAAUCAAAUGCAAAGCUGGACGCCAAGACCGUGCCUUCUACCCUUUGCAACGUUUGUGGCAGCAUAUGGCGAGUAUAUGCGACAAGUUCUCAUCCAGAUCAGCAGGCUCUCGUUCAGCAUAAGAGCAUUUUUGAGGUUGAUGUUACCCGAAGGCUGUCGUGGUCUGUUCAAAACGACGAAAGUCUAGCAAAAACACAUCAUGACUCGCAUUCUCCAGUACACUCUUUAAAACCCAACCAGAAUGAUGUCGUUCUUGAACCGAAGCAUCAAUUAGCACACCCAAAGGUUGUCGCUCCGACUCAAGCUAACCGUGCUGUCACCAAUGCUUCUCUAGUAGCAUGUUGCAAUUUUUGCGGUCUGUCUUCUUUAGAAGGAAUGCUUAGAUGCUCGAAAUGCGGCUUAUUUGUCCACGAGGAAUGCUAUUUCAAGAAAGACGGCAUCGCCAGUUCGACAGCCCAACCAGAGGCCAAUGGAGUCCGGAACCGGAGCACUAGAAGUCAAAGCAUCUUACAAAAAGCAAGGCACCAAAAACAAAACGAUGUGGAGAAGGGGGUGCAUGAGAACUGGUUAUGUGCAUCGUGUUCGUUUACAUCAACUCUUACCAUUACCAAACAUCAGCGUCAAUGCAUUCUCUGUCAUCGUCCUUUUGCAGAUCUCAUGCUAAAAGACACGUUCGAAAUGAAUUGGGUCCAUGUUGUAUGUGCAACGUGGACUCCCGGCGUGGCCCUGUCUACCUAUUUGAAUGAACCCAUCUGGGGUAUCGGGAGUCUCCCGCCGGAACUGUACGAAGGCCGUUGUAGCAUUUGCUAUUCCACUGCUGGGGUUACUAUCCCGUGCUGCACAUGUGGUGCACGCGUGCAUUCUUCAUGUGCCUUGAAGAAUAACUGGCACCUCGUCUUCGAGGCGGAACGGCGGAUGAAGCGGCAUAUUACCGCGGCAGAGGCUCAAUUGAAAUCAUUUAAUGGCCUUGUUGACUAUGGAACUGAGAGUGCGGCUACGAAACCUUUUGUAUUCCGUCCAGUUGUCUACUGCCCACUAGACGAACCACCUCGUUCGUUGUUUCGACGAGGUGAUAUUUUCACGCUUACGAAACGUGUCGUUUGGCAAGAGUUCAUAUCUUCCUGCACUCAACGGAUGCCUUAUCGUAUUAUGUUCGAUAGUGCCGCAUGCUCAAAACAAAACGUACAAGUUGAAGAUAAGACUGUGCCAUCACACAGCUGUUCGCUAUGUCACGAAACCGUGAGUCCGUUUUGGUGGCCUGGAGAUAUAUGCCAUUUCUGUUUUUCUACAACUAUAUCAGCUGCAAAAACCGCCCUUUCUUCGUUAGGCUCUUGAAACGUUUCCGUUCGCUUCUUCAUACAGGUUGUUUACGAUUAUUAUAGACAUGAUAUUUUAUGUUUGUGUUUUUGGUUAAUGAAUUCAUUUCUGUUUCUCUAUCUCUAAA